AAACAGACGAGAAAACGUGUUGAAAGGGUCGUGCAGCUUACUGCUGUCGUUCAACCAUUUAUUUGUUCAAAUCAUUGUAUUCUACUGGAUGUGCCAUCAAAAGGAAACAGGAUUCAUCAUAAUUGUCAAUCCCAGCCAUGCCUCGAUUUUGAGUGUUCUUCAUUGCAGGUUUCUAACACAUUGGCAUGACAGAUUUGAUGAGAAGUCAAAAGAUUUGAAGAAAAAGGACAAGGACCAUACAGUCAACAAGGUUCCUUGUUUGCUAACCCGUUGGCUGCUACCCUUCAAUCUCCCUGUUUGCCUUACCUGUUUACCUUACACAGGUCCUAUUGAUCUGAGGGUAACUCUUUCGCUACUGAUCACAUCAACUGUUGUAAACUCACGAGAGAAUGCUGCAAUUCAAGACUGAUACAUUGUGUAGUUGUUAGAUAAAUGACAAGUGCAUA